GCGUGGUGUGUUGCCUCUUUACGGUUCUCAUGGUGUGUAUAACCCCCGCCUCCUGCGUUCAGCUCAGACACUUUGAGACAUACAGAGACACAGAAGCAUGGCAGAAGAAGCUCCAGCAGCUGCACCGGCUAAAGCUCCGGCCAAAGCCCCGAAGAAGAAGGCUGCCAGGCCCAAGAAGGAUGGACCAAGCCUCCCGAAGCUCAUCGUCGCCGCUGUGGCCGAGUCUAAAGAGCGGAAGGGGAUCUCACUGGCUGCGAUCAAGAAGGUUCUGGGGUCCAAAAAUAUGGAUGUGGCCAAGGCAAACAAACGCAUCAACACCGCUAUCACCAAGCUGGUGAGUAGUGGGGUUCUGAGCCAGACUAAGGGCACCGGUGCCUCCGGUUCCUUCAAGCUCGCUAAGGAGCCCAAAGCCUCCAAACCGGUCAAGAAGGUGAGCAAGAAGAAGGCUCCUGCCAAGGCUAAGAAGCCCGCUCCAGCUAAAGCUAAGAAACCUGUCGCGGCCAAGAAGGCACCAGCUAAAAAGACAGCGGUCAAGAGAUCCCCGAAGAAGGCAGCACCCAAGAAAGCCGUCAAGACGACACCGAAGAAGAGUCCCAAAAAAACCGCAGCGAAGAAGCCCAAACCUGCAGCUAAGAAAAGUGCAGCCAAGAAGCCCAAAGCUAAGAAAACUGCAAAGAAGUGAAGCUGCUUCAUCUCCACUUACUCAUCAGCAAAGGCUCUUUUCAGAGCCACCACAGCUUCCACUAAAGAGCUGCUGCCUAACUCCUCACUACAUCAACACUCAAUAUCACUGCUCAUAUUUUAAAGCUCUACAAAAUAACACUGAACUUAAACAAUAUAACAUAAAUGUGAAAAUUUCUCCACUCAACCUCUGCAAUCAAUUAAUACAAUCAGAUUAAAUCCACAUCAGAAUAUGAGUCAGGAAGAAUCUGUCAGAGCUUCAGAUCAAUCAAUUCCUGAUGCAUUCAUAUCAUUCAUGCUGCAUAUUUCUAAAUGUUGUCUUCUGCAUUGAAUGAAAAUACUCCUCCAAGGUAUAUUUUCAUUAGUACAGCUAAACAUUCUUGAAUUAACCUUCAAUCACAGCAAACUAAUAAAUCCCUGUGUGUUUAUUUAAUGAUA